CUGAAGACGGAAAAGGAGAAGAGGAGAGAGAGGACGCGCAGCGGCGGCGGCGGCGGCUGUGGCUGACUGGAGCUAGUUGGAGGAGGCGCGGCUCCCCCUGCCCCUCCAUCCCAGCACCUGCAUGGACGACCACCUCAGCCUCCUUCACUCGCCUCCGCCUUCGUCAACCAAGCACCGGGGCAACAACAUCGUGAACCACGGCUACACCGAGACCGAGCAGGACAUCAUGACAGUUGUUGCUUGCGAUAACAUGUUGGAGGAGACGGCAGCACUCCCGGGGCACCAGUCUUUAGACCGUUAUGAGCCCGACCACGAGUGCUGCGAGAGGGUGGUCAUUAACAUUUCCGGAUUGCGCUUUGAGACGCAACUCAAAACUCUUUCUCAGUUCCCUGAGACUUUGCUCGGCGACCCCAAAAAGAGAAUGCGCUACUUUGACCCGCUGAGAAAUGAGUACUUCUUUGAUAGAAACCGUCCCAGCUUCGAUGCAAUCCUAUACUACUACCAAUCAGGGGGGCGUAUCCGGAGACCUGUUAACGUCCCAAUUGACAUUUUCUCUGAGGAGAUACGGUUUUAUGAACUCGGGGAGGAGGCAAUGGAAAAAUUCCGGGAGGACGAAGGGUUCAUCAAAGAAGAAGAACGUCCUUUACCCACCAACGAAUUUCAGAGGCAAGUGUGGUUGUUGUUUGAGUACCCCGAGAGUUCGGGUCCGGCCAGGGGCAUUGCCAUUGUCUCGGUGCUGGUAAUUCUAAUCUCCAUUGUAAUAUUUUGUCUGGAAACUUUGCCCGAAUUCCGGGAUGACAAAGACCCCAGUACCGUAGCGCCCAUUAUAAAUGGAACUGCACCUUACCUCACAAGUCCUUUUUCAGACCCUUUCUUCGUGGUAGAGACACUCUGCAUAAUAUGGUUCUCUUUUGAACUGUUGGUCAGGUUUUUUGCCUGCCCCAGCAAAGCCACGUUUUCGAAAAAUAUCAUGAACAUUAUCGACAUUGUGGCCAUCAUCCCUUAUUUCAUCACGCUAGGGACUGAGCUCGCGGAGCGCCAGGGAAACGGGCAACAGGCGAUGUCCUUGGCCAUUCUCCGCGUGAUCAGACUCGUGAGGGUUUUUCGUAUUUUCAAGCUCUCUCGCCACUCCAAGGGGCUUCAAAUUUUAGGACAGACACUAAAAGCCAGCAUGCGGGAGUUGGGACUUUUGAUAUUUUUCCUUUUCAUCGGGGUUAUUCUCUUCUCCAGUGCCGUCUACUUCGCCGAAGCAGACGACCCCGACUCGGGCUUCAACAGCAUCCCCGAUGCAUUCUGGUGGGCUGUGGUCACCAUGACAACAGUCGGCUACGGAGACAUGCACCCCGUAACCAUAGGGGGUAAAAUCGUCGGGUCCCUGUGUGCAAUCGCAGGCGUGUUAACCAUUGCCUUGCCGGUGCCAGUAAUUGUUUCUAAUUUUAACUACUUCUACCACAGAGAGACUGAGGGGGAAGAGCAGGCGCAAUACAUGCACGUUGGCAGCUGUCAGCCUUUGUCAUCGACGGAGGAGCUGAAAAAGACACGUAGCACGUCCUCCCUCAGCAAAUCGGAAUACAUGGUGAUAGAGGAAGGAAUCAACAGUGCUUUCAAACAGCCCAACUUUACUGCACAGAACAAUCAGAACUGCGUGAACAUCAAAAAGAUUUUCACAGACGUGUAACCGCUAGGAAAGAGAAAAGUGAUAUAAAUAUUACGACUAUUACUCUACCAAUAAUAAUCGUGACGUGUCAGUGCAAGUCUUGUGUGGAGGCAACGCCAUAGGUAUAUAAAUGUGUCCUUUGAGUCCGUGAGCCGCUGAAUACAUUCCAUUCGCUCUUGAGAAGUAGCUCAAGGUUUUUGUUUUUUUUCUAGUUCUACAGAGGCUUCGUGUCCUACGUUUUAUUCGGUUUAAUUAAGUGGAGUAGGCUAGCAUCCAUCCGCUGUUGUAUCGGGACAUAUUUAAGAUUAUUUUCCUUAAGGACAGCGGCGAUGUUUGCUUCCAGUGUUAAUUAAUUCUGCUGGUUACGUGGGAUUUUAUUUACUCAGUGAAGUGUCUUCAUUAAAUAAUUACGGCAGUAACAUACUAGGUAUAGGCCUAAUAAGCAAAGACAUAUUGGCCGAGAGACUUGAAGAAAUGCUUUAUUAUGACAGCCAAAUAUUGCUAUAGGUAGGCAUAUAUAAUAUCUAUAUAUAUAAAAAACGUAUUACCAUGUCACACGACAACGAAGGUGUAAUGUAUUAAAUCUAUUCCGGCUGUUAAAUUGCGUUUAAGCAGCAAUAGUUAUGUGCCUGUUACCAUCGAACAGCGCAGUAGAAAAUAGUAGCUUUUUCGUGUAACAUGAAAAAAAUCAUCCCCCAUUCAUCAAAGCAAUGUAUCGCGUGUACGCAUUGUGCGACGCCAUCAGUUCGAUAUGAUCAUAUUUUCUUUGGGAGACCCUGCUGAAAUAUAAUUGCAGUCACUUUUGAUUGUGUAUCUGAAAGAAUUGUCCGUGGGUUCCAAACCAGUGUGGCCUUCUGAAGAUCCCAAGUUUAAUAACCCAUACAAGCACAAGGACAAAAUACGUGGUGUUUGCACGUCUCUCAUCGGAGGUGUAAGACUACAAAAAAAGGAGAUCACAGCGAGCGCACGCUUUCCAGUGGAUGCUGCUAAUCCCGCCUAGAGUGAUGCAGUCUCCAUGGCGACCACAGUUUCCUGGAUCUCACGGACGAGCGCGCGCACCAGGCAGCGCCUAGCGACGGGGGAGGGAAGAUGCUGGAAAUUGUGAAUGGAUCCUGCUCAGACCGUGCUUUACAUCCUGCAUUCGCAAGGGGCUGCUCUACGCCGUCGAAUGCGAAGAGAGAUGAUGUCAUUGGGCCCAGUGAGGUUGGACUGAGCCUUCAACAUCUGGACUCUCCUGGGCCUCUCACCACAUCAAUAUACAACCCUUGUCGACCAAGGACGGAAGACCCUGGAGUUGGGCAGCGAUGCUGGCCCCAGCAAGGCCUUUCUAUUUCACCCCCACCUGAGCCCCGCUCCUGGACGACACCCCCAAACCGCCUCGCCUCGCUCACCGGGCAAGCCUCUCAGCCAACCCCGUGAGGGCAGGAGGUGCCGGCGCCGUCAGCCACGGACCAAUCGACAGCCCUUCGCUCCCGCCGCCUCGCCCUCCGUGACCCGAGCACCGAACGGGCGGGCCGAGCCCUCCCCCGGCCCGCCCGCCCGACCGCGCCCCUCCUCGCCCGAACGGACCGAUCCGCACGCCUCCUGCAGAAGGACCUCCGUCUGCUUGGCCCCGCCCCUGUCC